UAUUCGCGAACAACUGUUUGAAAUAAAAUAUGCGACUUAUAGAUUAUUUAUCACUACUUGUGUGCUAUAAAUAUUCUUAUUGCGUCAGAAUUCUAAUUUACUUCCCGAAAGAUACUUUUGUGUACAAAUGUUUGAAAUAAAAAAAUGCGACUUACAGAUUAUACUUGAUUGAUAUACAAGAUUGUACUUGUUUGCUAUGAAUAUUCUAAAUGCGUCGUGAUUCUACAUUACCUGCCGAAAGAUGUGUUAUAUAAAUACAAAUUAACUAGAUUGUUUAACAUUCAAUAGCUACAGUUCAGAUUAUUCACAAAUGCAUACCACUUUGUUUCUUUGAUUUACCUUUUGAGAUACCGGUAGGUGGGACGGAAAUAGUAAAGGAAAUCAGGCAACAAAUAAAACCUACCGAUGAUUCAAGAUGGGAGUGAACAGAAGCGGAAUAAUAUAUUUUAUUGUAAUAGCAUGUUUGUGUCAGUUAAUAGUUGUUUUGGAAGCGACGAUUUCGUUAACAGCAUAUGGCGACAUUGCUUCAGAUGGACGUCUAAAGUGUAACGGGCAAUGUGUGCUCGUCUGUAGAAUCAAACCAAACUCGCCUGUCUUCUUAUGGGAGAUAAACAAGCAAAUUGUUUUUGAAUGUAAACACAAUUUAUGUAACACUUAUGGAUCAAAUUACACAUUUUCAUUUGAUAUAACCCAAGGCAUAUUUAACCUAUCAAUGGAUGAGAUAAUAUAUGCUGACCAUUUAAAACAAUUUAAGUGUGAUGAUGGCUCUGAGUUUGCAUCUUUUACUGCAAGAAUUAAAGUGAUACCAGAAGGCAGCACUACAACAAUCUCGUCGUCAAGUGAUUCAUCGUCAACUACUAUAAAAGUGAGGACAGGCUGUCUUUCGCCAAGUACAAGUGUUUCUUUUGCAUGGUACUAUUUUAAGGAAGGACAUACACCAGUUUUAUUUGAGAAAAUCCUACCAUUAGAAUCAACUGAGGAAGACGACUGUACAAAUGGACAUUGUGGAGGAAAUGGGGUAGUCAAGGUUACCAGUAGCUUGAUCAUUGACGAAGAUCCCGAUGGAGAAUAUUACUAUUUUCAGGUUUUGGUCAAUCAGACUGAUGCAGACGCGAUGUUUAUUGGGACAGACCGAAAAUUUAAACUAACAGGUGCACCGAGACCUGAUCCCAACUAUCCUGUUACAAAGAGUAUUACUGUUUCGUUGCAUGAAUCUGUUUCCCUUCAUUUCACUGCAAUUGCAUAUCCAAAACCAAAUAACGUUUCAUGGCAGAAAUACAAUGGUGACGUCUGGAUAGAAAUUCGUCCGACCAAUAAUAUAAACAUUUAUCGUUCAGACUUGAACUUUGGUCUUGAUAUAAAAGCAAUUGUGCAAGAAAGCUAUGGAACUUAUAGAUUGAUAAUAUUCAACAUAUUUGGCUCAUUUGAACAACUAUUCUUUAUUAACGCAGGUAAUUCAGAAAAUAAUGACAAUGGCUCUACAAAUGUAGCGAGCUUCAUUGCUGUCGGAGUUGGCACAUUUGCUGUUACAGUUCUUAUGCUUAUUUUGUCAAUUGUUGCCUUUAAAUGCAUCAGACGAAAAAGACACAGCACAAGUGGUGCCCAAGAAUUAGGAAACCAACGUCGAGCAACAAGCGAAGAAAUACUUCUAGGUUUACGAAAGAAAGAAAAAGGUAGUAAAUCUACAUACGAACAACUGGAUAAAUCGAAAAAUGAGAUUCGUCUGUACACGUCUAUUGAAAAUAUAAAAACGGGUUUCAGCAACAAGGAUUAUGUUAAAUGAGCAUGCAGAAAUGAAUAAGAAACUUUUUUUAAUAACGAUAGAAUAAGAUUAUUUUGUGUCAGGUGGUGAAGGCAUGAAUGAUUCAUGUGUUAACAUAAAGUGUGUUUGCAUGUAUAUAUCUCUGAUUACAUUUUAAAUAUUGAAUUGAAAUUAAUACCAUAUAUAGGCAUACACAUGAUCUAAAUGGUUCAAUAUGUUUGCAGUUUUGCAGUGUCUGUGUCAUAACUGUCAUAAAAAUAUAUUUCCUGGCUUCGCUCUGAACUUGAAAUUAUCAUAAAGAUCGCUUACUCUAUUUAUCGACUACGAUACACCAGGUCAUUUAUUAUGACGAUUUUAAAAGUUCAAUAGUGGCAGCAACUUUUCGAUGGACACGAGUUCUUGAAACGCUCCUGUUUGUUUUACACGAUUGAUUGUAAAACAGAUUAUGCUACAUCGCAGGCGAUAAUGUCGUGUCAAAUAAUACAUUCUGUCUGAAAACGUGUAACGUACUUUUUGUUCUAAAUGCAAAUUUGUUUAAUAUUAAAUGAUGCAUAUUAUAUAGUUAUGAUAAUAUUACUGUAAUUGUAACAUAUGCACUCAUGAUUCAUUAUCUGGCACAACUGUUAUGCCGACAGCAAAGAAGUUAUAUUUCAUUUCAUACUUUUGAAAAUAGGCAAAAUAAUGAAACGUCAAUAAUGUCGAAUUAGCUGUCAGUAAAGUAUAUAAAAGUAGCCUGGUUAUCACGUUAGAAAAAAUUGUUGUAAAUUUCAGAAAAAAAGCUGACAAUAAGAAUGUUCUUACAUAGAAGUUGUAGUGUUCGGCAUUUUUAGAAACAUUCCGUGUGUCUAUACUUAGACGGCCAAAAAAGCUACACGUGCAUUUCCAGUUUGUUUCAUAUCUUAUGGCGAUCAAAUUUACAAUAUUAUUACACGGAAAUAAGUUUUCACCCCACCCGAAGUUGAAUGCAAUAACUACAUGUGUAUCUGUAAUAUUUCAUUUGCAGGUCAAUGGGCGAAAAUGUGACAGGUGAAAAUAGCAUUAUUGAAAUAUCAGCUUAUUUCAUCUUGAUUUUCAGGUUAUGAAGAGUAAAGUAAAAAAUAUAUGAAUAAAACAAUCUGUAUAUCCCGAAUGCUGUAAAAAAGUUAAGGAAAUAGCAAAUAUACAAGCAUUUUACAAAUGCAAAUGUCAUUUAAGAACGCGUGUCGGAAAGAAAAAAAAACAUUUACACCUUGUUAACAUGAUUAAAGAAUAGUAUCAUCUCUAGAUGCCAACAUAACCAAAGUGCGUCUUAUUUUCAUCUUAUGUCCUGAUAAAAACAGUACAUGUACGGUAUAUUGGAAAAAAAUCAAAUGGUUAACAAAAACAACAGGGUCAUGAUGGCCCUGAUAUCGCUCACCUGAAUAUAGUAACUCUUAAUAACAGAAUCAAGUAAUAUUAUGAACAAAAGCAGAUAGCAAAAGGGAGUUUUACUUUCAGUGGGAUGGUUAGACUCACUGGGUAAAAUAUGGUUCACAAUAUCCUGUCAGGUUGCCAGUAGAAUGUCUAUUACUGCUAUGAGUGAGACAAUAUUUACUUAUUACUCAUAACAUUAUUUUUGUAAACAAUGUACAUUCUAUUAUAUUUUCUAAGUAUCAUAUUGUACUUUGUGUUACCAUGAUCACGUGACGUGAUAAUUGUUUUAUUUAUCUUUUUGCAUGACGAUGUACUAUGUACAAGUCUAAAUAAAACGUAUGUUCUUUUCUGUUCUGUAAAACUUAAACUGAUAUCACAAAGUUCAUAUUUGUACCUGAAAUAGUG